AUGGACCCAACAAGUUCUGCUUAUUCCGACAUCCAAGAUCAUGAAAUUGAGACUGACUCGGAACCAAUAGGUCUUGAGUUGGAACAACCCAUGGAUACAGACGUGGUCGAGAACACUCGUGAAAACAACAUCUGUUCGGAGAAGAAACCUCCUUCUCGAACAAGCGUUUCACGAACCUCUUCAGCGUCCAGUGCAAGAAGUUUUAGAAUCUAUAAGGAAACGUCAAACGCUCGGAAUCAAAACUCUACUUGUGUGGAGUCUAGAUGCAUGAUGGAGAACAUCAUCAAUAGUGCCACAACAUUUUCCGAAGAUAUUAAUAAGAAACUGGAAUAUGUUUCACCAAAUGUAUCACCAAGAAACAAUUGUUCCACUCCUCAACUUCCAAAGAUUGGUAAACGACACGACACUCCAAAUUCUUCUUCAUUCAGCGAUCAUAUUCAGCUGACUUCAGAAGUGCAAUUGCAUGUCACAGGAAGGGAAAUGUCUCCUAGAGCAGAAAAACAUCCACAACAUUCAUUCUCUGUGGGUAAUGUUCUAAGCAAAGCUGGGCUUCCUAUAAAGAAGAAAUCUAAGCUCGGAUCUCACUGGCCGACGUCCCAUGAGAGAUUGCCUCGAUAUUCCAAAGUUUAUUCAAGCCCUCCAAGCCACAGAAACAACUACUAUACGGAUGAGAUCAGGAAUGUUCCAAACUCGGAGCUGACUUGUCACUCACCAAAUUGUAAAUCUCCCCUCUCUAAAGCAACAACUCCAACCAAAAAUCUGAUUAACUCUUCAGAAAGACUUAAAGCAUUGUCAACUCCUAAAAAAGUUCUCGAUGACAAAGACGUGUGCUCAGAAAACUACCUUGAAAAGACAUCUAGUUUUUCAAACCCUUCUUCCCCUCUUAUUCGUUCACAAAUUAAGCAAUGGAACGGACUUUCAGAAAAGGACACAUUGGUUCAUUCAUUGAUAUCUAACACUCAAGAUGAAGAAGAAUUAAAAACAUUGAAAUAUAAGCUGGGAUCAAUGCUUUCAUAUGAAAAUAAGAAAACGAAACCUCCUCUGCUUGAAACAAUGGAAAACUUUAUUGUAACCGAACUACAAUCCGUCAAAUCUCAAAUGACACAAGAUAACAAUAAUGAUAUUGAAUUUCAAAUAGCAAAAGCCCAGCAAAACGCAGAAUUAGAGAGACAAGUUGCAAUUUUAAAAUCAAACGAAAAAGCCUUACUACAUACCAUCGAUAAGCUUGGUAUGGAUCUUAAAUUGCAUGAAAAAAGAAGGAUUGACGAAAUUAAAAGAGGAACGCUUUUGAACGAUGCAAUACAGCAUCGGGAAAAUAAGGAAGUAGAAAUCAAAAAGCAAUUAAGCGAGAUGAAGUCUGUUGCAAACGAAAAGUCAAAGAUUGAGCGAAUGUACCAAGAAUCAAUAAUGGAGCUAGAUAAAAGAAGUGAUAUGGUACCAAAAGGAGAAUACCAACGGUUAAGAGAUAUGAAUGAUCAAUUAGAAAAUGAGCUCAAUUCGCUUAAAGUGAAAUUCAGUCAGGAACAAAGGGUGAGCAAGUUGUUGAAUGAAAAGAUGAAUGAAAUCAAACUCACAAAUAAUAUGAUGGAAGAGAAAUUGCUAGAUCUAUCCCGAUCACAUACUCCAAGGCCAAAAUGGAGUGAAAUUAGGCAAGAUUUAAAGGUAGACUCUUUACCACUUGAUUCCUCAACAUCAGGAAAUGUUAAUCAAUUAUUGCAACGAAUGACAAAACUUCAAGCUCUCAUUAGAAAACAACAGAGAGAGUUACAAGAAAAUGCUAAAGCAUUAGAAUUUCUCAAAACAGAAGAUAUUAUCAAGAGCCGAAUGUACUCUAGCAACUUUAUUGGACAAGGAACAGGUCCAAGCGUACCAAAGUAUCUAAAGUUUAGAGGAAAAGUUCGAAAUAAGAAAUUUAGGAAAAAGAAAUCAUGA